CCAUGUGAAGGGCAAAUGGCCUUUGUGAUAAAGGGCAUUCUAAAGGCUCCAACCGACAUGUCGUCUCUUUAUGCUGACAGUUGGAUUAAUUUUCGAUAUGUCGAUCGGUUGACUGUUAGUGGAGGUGGUUCAUUGGAUGGUCAAGGAGCUACGGCUUGGCCAAGAAAUGAGUGCAAAAAAAACCCUAAUUGCCAAUCUCUUCCCACGACAAUGAAAUUUGAUUUUAUUACAAAUUCAAAAGUUCACAACUUGAGAUCAAUCAAUAGCAAGAACAACCAUUUCAUGAUCUUUGGAUGUAGCAAGAUGAGCAUCACCAACAUUCGUAUCUCCACUCCUGGUGAUAGCCCCAACACGGAUGGAAUAAAAAUUGGAAACUCCGAUCUCAUCGAUAUCACAAACUCAAUCAUAGGCACGGGUGACGACUGCAUUUCGAUGUUGUCCGGAAGCAAGAAUAUCAACAUAUCAAACGUCAUUUGCGGCCCGGGACAUGGGAUUAGCAUUGGAAGCUUAGGGAAAUAUGAGAAAGAAGAGGAUGUUAUGGGGAUCACAGUGAAGAAUUGUAGUUUUAAGAACACAACUGAUGGUGUGAGAAUUAAAACAUGGGCUACACCUUCAAUUGGAAAUGCUUACAACAUUUACUAUGAAGAUAUAUUCAUGGAUGGAGUUGAAAACCCAAUCAUCAUAGAUCAACAAUAUUGCCCUGUUCCUCCAUGCAAUCAACAUGAAUCUUCAAGGGUGCAAAUAAGCAAUGUGACAUUCAAAGACAUAUGGGGUAGUAGCAAAUCAGCAAGUGCAGUGACAUUGAGAUGCAGCAAAAGCAGGCCAUGCAAGAACAUAGUGCUUGACAAUAUUAAUCUCACAAGCUAUCCAAAUGUAGGACAACUUUUUUCUUCUUGCUUUCAUGCUCAUGGCUUCUCUUAUGGCAAUCAAAACCCUUAUCCUUGCUUGUAA